UUUCAUUUCCAGCUGUAACUGCAUAUCAGAAGGACUCCGUGAAGAGCGUUUGAGCUGCGCUUCAGAUGUCAUCUAAAGGGCAGAUCCACAAAAGCACUUUUAAUCUGCCUAUGAGUUCCGCAACCUGGACAGCGUCAUAGUGAUGGACAGAGGCCAAGAUGGUGGGGGUGCAGCCCCUGGUGGAGCUCAAGGUCUAGCUGGGCCUGACCAGCGUGGAACACGACUAUACUGGGGCCAGCAGAGGAAUGAUCUUGUGGACCAGAUGAUAUACAAGAUGCAACGGCUGCGCAAUGCUCUGCCUCUCGCCCGACCGGUGGAAACCGCAUGGACUGGAGUACACCCUGAUAGACUCACACCCCGUCAGCCCAAUCGGCUAGGCUUUGGUCCAGCUGACAACAGGGAAGUGUUUGAGGCACUUGGAGGUGCUCAGCGGGUGUCACGUUCCAUCCUGCGCCUAGUUGACAUCGAGCCUUUCACACUGCAAGUAAUGGAAAAUCAUGGACUCACAGAUCAAGGUCUCAUGACGGCGAGCUUUAUCUGCUUUCUCCGCUUCAACCAUGCAAGCUUGAGGAAGCAGCUGCUUAUCCUUGAGGUCUUUAUUCCUCGACUCCCAAAUGACCAGAUCCUCCCUCGGGAUGAGGCUCGCAAUGAGCUCCUCCUCUUACUCAACAACACAAACGUAUUGAGGAAUACUUUCUGGUUUGUUGAUGGUCUUAACUAUAUCCGUCGGGCAGGCCAGAAUGCACCUCAGGGUGCAGAAGUGUGGGAUCUGGAGAACCACAGAUGGAGACAGGGAACAACACUCACCGAACGCGUCCGGCUCUUGCAUAUCAUCUCCGGACUGUUAAUUAACGGAAGGUGUCGGGAUAUUGCUAUCGGCACUAUCAUUCUGGCGAAAGUUGCGUUUGCUGUCCGUGGUACGAUUUCCGCAACAAAGUUGACCCGCAUAAUAAUGGAACUCACGCCUGCCAUACCCUUCAUAGGCGAUGUCCUGAAUAUACCUGACCUCAAGCUCACAUGGCUCAAUUAUGGCCAUCUGGUUGAUGAUGAGGACAUGCCUAGGAUCAUGCAGAAAUGGCUGGGUCUCAUACCAGCCUAUGCCCUCCACUUGCGUGUAGUCUUGGCUCAGGCUUCGGAAUCAGGACUAACCUCCUUAAAUGUCAUAACAUGGGCGAUAAAUGAGCAUCCGCAUUUUCCCUGGGUCCUUGUCAGAAGGAUGUAUGCGGAACAAUGGGACAAUGCCCAACGUGCUAUCCGUCUUGUCGAGAAUAACCCGUAUUAUGGUUAUCGCCGCGAUUUGACAGCUGUCAGAUCAACUCAAUUCCGACAUUUAGCGGCAUUGUGUGGCAGACUCUUAAUUGCCCUUGGUGACCGCUUAUUAGAACGCUACCAAGGAUUUGUGGAUGACAAACUCCGAGUGCAUGAAUGGCGUCGUAUGAUUGAUGCCUACGUCAAUGCACAUGGGAGAGAAGGCGCCAAUAUUGAACGUCCCAUGAGUGAGGAAGAAAUUGACCAUCAUGCUGACAUGAUGCAGUCGGUUUCCCAGUAUCCCGCAAACAUAGAGGUGUUGGCCAGGAUAGAUGGUCAUCCUGAUCGGCCUGAUAUUGGUCUACACGGUGGAGGCCCGCAAUUCAGAGGAGGUCCCCGUCACCGGGUUAGGAGAGAUGACGAUGACAACGUCGGAGGUGGAGGCAAAGCAGGUGCUUACAAUGGAGAAGAAAUGUAUGGGGAAGAUCAUUUCAGGCACCCUAUAAAUCAGGAAUAUGCAGAGUGCGGAGCUCAGGAGCGCCCAGCUAUUGAGACUGAAGAGAGACCGGAUCAGGCCUGCCGAGUGGCUGCUGAUCAGCCACCAGCGGAUGCAUCAGUUGCUCCCGGAGCUAGUUGGGAGGUCAACGUAAAUAGGGAGGAGGCCGGACUCAAACCUAUUGUAGCACCACAUGAGACCAGCCCACCCGAGCAGAGUGUCAACGAGAUAGAAGAUAACUUGUUCGUGCCACCCCCAUUCUCUCCGGCACUAUCCUCUGUCAAGCUCCGUCUGAUAACUCAGACCCCCAGGACACCGAGACUAGCGCUGCAUUAUACACAAGUGGCUAAUUUGGGGCCAGGAUGCAACCCCGGUCAGCAGCUGCAGCUCGGCGGUCCUCCACGAUUCAGCACACCCACACAACUGCAACAACAUCGGCAGUCAGCUCUGCAAUCAUCUUACAGAGCUCCUGGAUCUUCCACCACAAGAGGACAGCGACAUUCUAGUUCAGCAUUUCCUCCGCAGUGAAUGGAAGGUGCGCACAGGACAUGACUUAGGAUUGUGGUCCGAUGAUGUGUGAUUACAUGUGACUUCUGAGUAUUCUAAUUGUUCCACAUUAUUUCCGUUUGACCUUUUUACUUUUACUCAUUACUCCUUUACUUUUGUGGAUAAUGAAUCCUUUCUUUUUUUUUGUCAAAUAAGUUUUUUAUUUGGUCGAUGAAUGAAUAAACCUACAAUAAUCACA